GCGGCGGGCGGCGGCGGCCGGGGAGGCCCGGGAGGCCGCGGCGCGGUCACUGCGAGCCGAGCCGAGCCGCGCCGAUCGCCAUCCGGCCCCGGCUCCCGCGAGCGAUCCCGGCCGGCGGCUCGGCCCGGCGGGCCCGGCGGCGCCGCAGCCCAUGGAGCUCGAGAACAUCGUAGCGAACACGGUGCUACUCAAGGCCCGGGAAGGUGGUGGUGGGAAUCGCAAGGGCAAAAGCAAGAAAUGGCGACAGAUGCUGCAGUUCCCCCACAUCAGCCAGUGUGAAGAGCUGCGGCUCAGCCUCGAGCGUGACUACCACAGCCUGUGCGAGCGGCAGCCCAUUGGGCGCCUGCUGUUUCGAGAGUUCUGCGCCACGAGGCCUGAGCUGACCCGCUGCAUAGCCUUCUUGGAUGGAGUGGCUGAGUAUGAAGUGACCCCUGAUGAGAAGCGGAAGGCUUGUGGGCGGCGGCUAAUGCAGAAUUUUCUGAGCCACACGGGUCCUGACCUUAUCCCUGAGGUCCCCCGGCAGCUGGUGACUAAUUGCUCCCAGCGGUUGGAGCAGGGGCCCUGCAAAGACCUCUUCCAGGAGCUCACCCGGCUGACCCAUGAGUACCUGAGCAUGGCCCCUUUUGCCGACUACCUCGACAGCAUCUACUUCAACCGUUUCCUACAGUGGAAGUGGCUGGAAAGGCAACCAGUGACCAAAAACACCUUCAGGCAGUAUCGAGUCCUGGGCAAAGGCGGCUUUGGUGAGGUGUGUGCCUGCCAGGUGCGGGCAACAGGCAAGAUGUACGCUUGCAAGAAGCUGGAAAAGAAGCGUAUCAAGAAGCGGAAAGGGGAGGCCAUGGCACUCAAUGAGAAGCAGAUCCUGGAGAAAGUGAACAGUAGGUUUGUAGUGAGCUUGGCCUAUGCCUAUGAGACCAAGGACGCGCUGUGCCUGGUGCUGACACUGAUGAACGGAGGCGACCUCAAGUUCCACAUCUACCACAUGGGCCAGGCUGGCUUCCCCGAGGAGCGGGCUGUCUUCUAUGCCGCGGAGAUCUGCUGCGGCCUGGAGGACCUGCACCGGGAGCGCAUCGUGUACAGGGACCUGAAGCCAGAGAACAUCCUGUUGGAUGACCAUGGUCACAUCCGCAUCUCCGACCUGGGGCUAGCUGUGCACGUGCCAGAAGGCCAGACCAUCAAGGGUCGUGUGGGCACUGUGGGCUACAUGGCUCCGGAGGUGGUAAAGAAUGAACGGUACACAUUCAGCCCAGACUGGUGGGCACUAGGCUGCCUCCUAUACGAGAUGAUUGCCGGCCAGUCACCCUUCCAGCAGAGGAAAAAGAAAAUCAAGCGAGAGGAGGUGGAACGGUUGGUGAAGGAGGUGCCUGAAGAAUACUCAGAGCGCUUUUCCCCUCAGGCCCGCUCGCUCUGCUCCCAGCUCCUGUGCAAGGACCCUGCUGGGCGCCUAGGGUGUCGUGGAGGUGGUGCCCGCGAAGUAAAGGAACACCCCCUCUUCAAAAAGCUGAACUUUAAGCGGCUGGGAGCUGGCAUGCUGGAGCCACCCUUCAAACCUGAUCCCCAGGCCAUUUACUGCAAGGAUGUUCUGGACAUCGAACAGUUCUCCACAGUUAAGGGUGUGGAGCUGGAGCCCACUGACCAAGACUUCUACCAGAAGUUUGCCACGGGCAGUGUGCCCAUCCCCUGGCAGAAUGAGAUGGUGGAGACCGAGUGCUUCCAGGAGCUGAAUGUCUUUGGGCUAGAUGGCUCAGUUCCCCCAGACCUGGACUGGAAGGGCCAGCCACCUGCACCCCCCAAGAAAGGACUGCUGCAGAGACUCUUCAGCCGCCAGAGGAUUGCUGUGGGAACUGCAGCGACAGUGAGGAAGAGCUCCCCACCCGCCUCGAGCUCCCAACCCGCCUCUAGCCCCCAGCCUGAGGCCCCUACCGGUGGUUGGCGGUAGCAGCUACUCCGAGCGCUGUUUACAGUUUUGCACAGUGGUCUUCCCCAUUGUCCACUCAAGUUGUGGCCUGGGGAACACAGCCGGAGCUGUCCCCAGUGUCCUCUGCCCCUCAGCCCCUGGUCUGGCUGAGUUUGGCAAAGCCUGGGCUGUCCCUGGGACAAAGGUGCGUCCCUUCAGCUCUUGUCCGUGGAGCUCGGGGCUUUCUGUAUUUAUGUAUUUGUACGAAUGUAUAUAGCAACCGGAGCGUUCUUAAGACCUACCCUGGAGCUGGCAGAAGGGCCACUGCCAAACUCAAGGCUCCUUGGGCCCAGCUCGGACAGGCCGAGGCUGGGUCAGGCAAGGCCCCUGAGCCCCCAGCACUGUGCUCGCCACCGCUGACCUCUGAGUGAAACUCAUCCCUGCCUCUGCUGCCCCGGGCUCAGGGCUAUCACCUCUGGGGUCCGAUGCUGUCCCUCAUCAGCACUUGUCAAAGCUGGACUGGGGCCUCUGUAACCCCUAGCCCUGUGCCAAAGUGUGACCAGAGACUGGGCUGACCCUGGGACCCAUCAGUCCACUGCCCAGGCUAUCCCAGAUGGGUCUGCCUCUGCCUUCCAGCUCCCAGGGCACCUUGUCCCUCAUGCUGGGCCCUGUCCUGAAGACACCUCUUGCAGAAAUGCCCCAGCCCAGGCCAUGGGAAGUGGGGGAGG